ACCUAAGCAUUCGUCCGUAAUCCAUCAAGCAUCCUGCGGUCCUGAUCCAGCGUCCUACAAACGGUAGGAUUGGGCUCCUCACGAACCGCCUCGCUGCCUAGUAUCAUCAUCCCCAGGCGCAUCCGCAGCGGUAGGGUUCGUUCCCCUUCCGCAAACCCCUUCCCUCCGCCCAACCGGCGACCGGCGACCGGCAACAAGCGACCUUCCCGACCGGCGAGUGGAGCAUUCCAACCGGCAACACAAGCAUCCAAGCGCGAUAUCAGAUAUUUUAGCGGAUUUUGCUGUGCUUUUGUUUUGAAGUUUGUCGCUGUUUCUGAAGAUUGAAGCAAUGGCCAGUCUUGCCGAUUCUUUUUUGGCUGACCUUGAAGAUUUAUCUGACAAUGAAGCCCAUCUUGACGAUGAGGAAGCUGAUGUAGCAGACAUGGAGGAGGAUGCUGAUGGUGAUAUAGCUGAUAUUGAAGCACUAAACUAUGAUGAUCUUGAUAGUGUUUCAAAGCUGCAGAAGACACAACGCUAUAAUGAUAUUAUGCAGAAAGUUGAAGAUGCACUCCAGAAGGGAUCAGAUAUAUCUAGUCAUGGAACAGUCUUAGAGGAUGAUCCUGAGUAUCAACUUAUUGUCGAUUGCAAUGCUUUAUCUGGUGACAUUGAAAAUGAAAUCAUCAUAAUCCACAAUUUUAUACGUGAUAAGUACCGCUUGAAGUUUCCUGAACUCGAAUCUCUUGUUCAUCACCCAAUUGAUUAUGCUCGGGUUGUGAAGAAGAUUGGAAAUGAGAUGGACUUGACCCUUGUCGACUUGGAGGGGCUUCUACCGUCAGCAAUUAUUAUGGUUAUUUCUGUUACAGCAUCAACUACAAGUGGCAAGCCUCUGUCAGAAGAGAACCUAAAAAAAACAAUUGACGCAUGUGACCGAGCGCUUGAUCUUGAUAUUGCAAAGAAGAAAGUUCUUGAUUUUGUAGAGAGCAGGAUGGGAUAUAUCGCACCAAAUCUUUCUGCUAUUGUUGGAAGUGCAGUUGCAGCCAAACUUAUGGGAACAGCUGGUGGCUUGACAGCAUUGGCAAAAAUGCCAGCUUGCAACGUUCAGCUUCUUGGGGCAAAGAAGAAAACCCUUGCUGGAUUUUCCACUGCAGCCUCCCAGUUUCGUGUAGGUUAUCUUGAACAAGCUGAGAUUUUUCAGAGCACCCCUCCUUCUUUAAGGACCCGUGCUUGUAGACUGUUGGCUGCAAAAUCAACGCUAGCAGCACGAGUAGACUCAACAAGAGGAGAUUCAACAGGGAAGACUGGAAGGAACUUGAGAGAGGAAAUCCGUAAGAAGAUUGAGAAGUGGCAAGAGCCACCCCCUGCAAAACAACCAAAACCCCUUCCAGUUCCAGAUUCAGAGCCCAAAAAGAAGAGAGGUGGUCGUCGUCUGCGGAAAAUGAAAGAAAGAUAUGCAAUAACUGAUAUGAGGAAGCUGGCUAACAGGAUGCAAUUUGGGGUGCCAGAAGAAAGUUCCCUUGGUGAUGGCCUGGGUGAAGGUUAUGGCAUGCUUGGUCAGGCAGGAAGUGGGAAGUUGCGUGUGUCAGUUGGUCAAAGCAAACUUGCAGCCAAAGCUGCCAAAAAGUUUAAGGAGAAGCCCUACGGAAGCAGUGGUGCAACAUCAGGACUGACAUCAAGUCUUGCGUUCACACCUGUACAGGGAAUAGAACUCACGAAUCCACAGUCUCAUGGAAAUCUGCUCGGCAGUGGAACACAAAGCACUUACUUUUCGGAGAUGGGGACAUUCUCAAAGAUCAAGAGAACUUAAUUUAUAUAUUUCAUUUCUCUUUAUUUCUUUUCAUGUACAAGACAAAUACAGCUCAAGGGGGUCGUGGCUUAGAAACUAGUGGAGUCCUUAAUCGGUUGUAGUCCUUUCACUGUGCAACAGUUGGUCAAGUUGGAUGCUGGGUCCGGGAUGGAGUGCUGGGUGCCAGGUGGAGCUACUCCCAUUCUUAUCCUUCAAAGUGGUGGUGGUUGCGCAACGGCGGGCUAUAUGCUAGCUAGCUGUUGAAAUUACUGUGGAGGACGUGGCCCACGUCGGUAGGUAAUGAGGGUGUUUCUGAGGACCCGGGUGAUGCCUAGCUUCACCAAAAUGUUGCAAGGCUGAUGUGUUAGUUUCUUGUUUUCCUGGAUGAUUGCCGAUGAAGAUUAACUACCUGUCCAAGCAGGGAAAGCAAGAAUCAGAUUGGUUACGUUUUGUAACAAAUGUGAAACCAAUUCUUGAGUCAUUACUUUGCUUGUAGACUAGUGACAUGAGUGUGACACAUAUAAAUGCUCGUUGAACA